AGAACCCAGUCCAGAAGAAGAACUCAGCCUACCCGUCGCCAAACUAGUCUAGCGGGGGACGAUUUCCAGUCUCCCCUGACCGCGCAUAGUUGAUGCAUCUGGCGAAGUACAGUUGCCUUUUAUCUUUGUAUUUCGACAGAGACUGAUAUUAUUAUCCAGAUGUAUCCACAGUAAGCGAGGAAGAGGGUGGAGGAGGAUCUGACUGGCUGAAUUGUUGUGUGGGUUGAGCUGACUACCUCUGCAGCUGAAGUAAAAGAUGUGCAAUGGAAUGUUAGAGUCCACGUCAAAAGCCCUUGGGCUGCCCACAUCAGCAGACAAGCAGUCACUUUCUCUGUUGCUCUUCCUGACUGUGCUAUCCACUGGACAAGGGUCAGGAUGUGUGAGGCCGUUCAUGGUGCAGAACAGCCUGGUCAACCUGACAGAGACCAACAGGGGUUCCUUCCCUGUGGGCACAGUGCUCCAGUACAGCUGUGACCCAGGCUACCUGGCUGAUGGGCCCAGCAUCAUCACCUGCACCCCUCUUAACCUCUGGUCCUCAGACCCACCCCGCUGCAUACAGAGUGAUGCAGUGUGCCGGCCUCCGUCUGAGCUCGAGAAUGGAAGGUACAUCUGCCACCCCUCUCCCUGCCACCGGCUAGGCCAGGGCACUGUGAUUGAGUACUUCUGUGAUGAAGGCUACAUCCUGAGGGGAGACUACAAAUACAAAUAUCUUACCUGUCAGGAAGGGGAGUGGGAUGGCCCCAUGCAGAUUAGCUGUGUCAACCAAGGAUGUGUGAGGCCAUUCAUGGUCCAGCAUGGGUCAGUCAAUCUGACAGAGACCAACAGAGGUUCCUUCCCCGUGGGCACGGUGCUCCAGUACAGCUGUGACCCAGGCUUCCUGGAGGACGGGCCCAACAUCAUCACCUGCACCCCCCUGGGCUGCUGGUCCUCAGACCCACCCCGCUGCAUACGCAGUGAUGUGUGUCUGCCUCCAUUUGAGCCAGAGAAUGGGGGCUACACCUGCCACCCGUCCCCCUGCCAUAGACUAAACCAUCACACUGUGAUCGAGUACUUCUGUGAUGAAGGCUACAUCCUGAAGGGAGACUAUAAAUACCUGACCUGUCAGGAUGGGGAGUGGGAUGGCUCCAUGCAGAUUAGCUGUCUCCUGGACCAAGACAGAGACCCUACCCCUGUGUUUGGCAUACCCACCCUAUCCAUUGUGGCCUCCACUGCCAGCUCUGUAGCCCUCAUCCUGCUGCUAGUGGUCCUGUUUGUCCUGCUGCAGCCUAAACUCAAGUCCUUCAACCACAGCCGCCGUGAGCAGGGGGUGUCAGGCCAGCCCGUGUCCAUCAUGGUGGAGGGGGUACAGGUGGCCCUGCCAUCCUAUGAGGAGGCGGUGUGUGGCGAAGGGGCUCUGAGUCUCAGCUCUGAGUCCCGGGUCCAGAUAGUGCUGUCAGAGGGCCAGCAAGCUGCAGGGACGACAGAACCUCUUAUUGCCCAGGCCAGGCCCUCCACCCUCCCCCAGCUCUCAGAGAUGGCAGUGGUUCACCCAGUACCACCAUCCUUCGCCUCUUCCUCCUCUCUCUCAUCCUGCUGGGGCCUGGAGCAGGCUGCUGCUGCAGCACCUUCACAGCGGAGGGACUCCACGUGCAGUGAGCAGCACAGCCUGCCCCUCAACUCUGAGAUGGACUACUCUGACGAUAUGCCUUUGUUAAAGGAGGCCUGAAGCAUGCUGCAGACGCUUGGGUGUAUGUUACGGAAACACCCAGAGUUGCUGACAGGGUUGCUGUUGACCUGCUGUGUUGAGCCGGAGGCCUGUCUGGAGCUCCCCACUGCAGCAGCUGCCAACACAACAGACUAUCCACCCACCUCCUCUUGGGGCACUAAGUGAGGCCGUGUCAUUCUCAGCAGAAUGUUACCUCUUCCCCCAUCCAGAGAAGGGCACAGAGGGAUUUCACAUGUACAUGCUUAGCAAUUUUAUAGGACUUCUUACACUAUGUCCAGUGUCUGACACGUGCUCUUUUAACCAUUGGCUUAGUGCAGAGACAUAAAACUGAGAGAGAGAGAGCACCCAGUAUGUUGGAAGGUUUUUUUGAAAGGCUCAAUAUGCCUUUUGAAAAUUCUUUACUUGUAAUCCAUAUGUAUUUUAUUUUUAUUUUUUAUGGUUAAUGCUGCAAACACAUUUUGAGAAUCAUUGCACCCAUCACCAAUUUGUACCAUGUCAACCUGUUUUUACAUGAUCACUGCAGCACAACAGGCAUGAUGCAUGAUGAAGGCCACUGCAACUUAUAUUGAACCAGUCAUUCUCACACAUACACAGAUUUUACAAUUACUCUUAACAUUUUAAUGAUAAGAACGUAUGAUUUUAACUUUUCAUAUUCUCAUUGGGGUUCUUUAUGGCACAACUAUUUGAUGUCACAUCCUUUCUGAUCAUGGUUUUGAACUCAAUGUUUUUCCCACGCACUUAUUUGAAGAUUUUGCUAAAGGCAAGUGUUCCCAAGGUUGAGGCACAACUUUUCUCAGCUCAUUGACAUUGGGCUUAGCAUUCAUAUUCUCUCAUUCAUGUCAGUACACUCUUUCUCUAAUGGCCUUAGAUCUCCACUUCUAUGCACAAACACCAUCUGUAUUGGGUUUCAUUCCUAAAAAUUAUUUUAAAAUGAAUGUACAUUUUCAGUCGCCACAGCUUAGUGAUGUAACAAAUUGGAGCAUAGUUGGUGUUUCUUGGACACCUAAUACUUACUAUUUAUUUGUGGGUUGUUUUGAAAUUGUUUUAAUUAAGUCUAGAUAGGGAAACUUAAUUGAGUAUUUAAUAUAUUCAUGUUCAGAAUGCUGUUGAUCAGCCAUGGUUCCUUUGACGCUUCCGCAAUUCUUGGGAAAUUAUAUUAAGACGGGUCUUUUAACUUUGCCACCUUGGUGGACUCAUAAGGACAUAAUGUGAGACUAAAGUUAAUUGGGUUAACCAUAAUUAAUAAAAAACAGGUCAUUGUUAUGUACAGAAGCUUAGUGUCAUGCCUAUUCAAAUGGUUUCAGUUGCUGGUUUCAGUUGCUUUGGAUUUCCUUUGGGACUAAGCAAUGCAAUUGGUGUGAAGAUAGUUAAUUUUACUCUGUAUAUACCCUGUGAUAAUUUUGAUUAAAUAUAAUUUGAGCUGUGCAA